AUGUAUUCUAAUCGAUUAAUAAAAAGCAAUACAAGUCUUGGUGGUAGAACAUCACCAAAUUUUCAAAUAUCAAAAUCUGAUUUUUUAACAAAUCGUUCCUCAUCACUACCAUUAUCAAUAUCAAAUAGCCGUUCAUCAUUGUCUCGACAACAAGAUCGUGGAAAAACAAUAUCCUGUGAAAAGUUUUAAUCAGAAUCAUUAUCUUCAAUUCAAUGUCUUGAUCGUGGAUUUGCACCAGAUAAUUUACUCUGUUCAAAUUGUCAUGAUUUAAAACAAUUUAAAUUGAAUGAAUUAGAAAAUAUAUGUCAACAAUGUUGUACUCAUAAUGAUAAUGAAGAAGACAAGACAAUAAAAUAUCAUCGAGCUAUUCUUACCUUAUGUAAAUGUAAAUUUGGACGAUAUCCACAAAUCGAAGCUUUUAUUAACAGUAAACGUUUACAACGAUUUCCAACAUUUAGUUUUAAACAUGUUGUUGGUGCUGAACCUGUUCUUCAUUUAUAUAAUGAUAAGGAUGAAGAAAUACAAUCAUUAGGUAUUGAAAAGUGGGAUACCGAUACAUUAACAGCAUUUCUUGAAGAAAAUUUACAUGUUUAA